GAACGAGACCUGUAUAGGGGAGAGUGGGACUUAGGCAAGGGACCCCUUCCCCCAGGGCUUCAGGUAGGUGUCAUGCAGCUGGGGCUGUUUGCCACCCCAGCCCCCCUUUCCCUCCCCCUGGACACAGACAAAGGGAACAAAGGGAGAGAUACCUAGUGGCGGGAAAAAAGGGGGCGGGUUGGGGGAGGUAAAGGGGGCUGGUGCAGAGAAGGGACAGACGUUUAAGGACGAAACCAAGCCAGGAGCAGCAGACUAACUUUUGUUUUUUGUUUCAGGCAGAUCGCUAAGAGCUGUGCGGCAAGAAACUCACCAGGAAAUCUGCAGCUUGAAGAGAUCCGGUCAGCGCUGAGAUGGAGGCGAAUGCGGCCCAAGUGAUGGAAAUCGGAGCGACGAAGAGGAAAGCCCUGAUGCCCAGGAGGUUCCGGGAAGAGACUGAAGGCUCGGCAGAGGACAUCGCUAGGCCCAAGAAGAGGGUAAGUUGUUCCCUGCAGGUCAGGAGCCGGUCGGCGAGCGGUGGAUGCGGCAGAAGAGACGGCGUCGUCAGCGAAGAGGAGGAAGCAUCGCGAGAACGGGAACCGGAUCAAGAUGACGUCACUUCCGGAUCGACGAACAGCGCUGGACCGGCGGUGAAGAAAAGGAAGAAGUUUGGAGGCGCACAGAGGAUCGGGGAGCAGCACGGCAAGGAGUAUACAAGGAAGAGGCAAUGGUAUAACCAGAGGAUGCCUGGAUGGGCAAUGGGACAAGAGUUUCCAUAUUGGGAGAGUUAUCGGGUGCCGAGUCUCCAGUUUAAAAACAGGGAGGAAGAGGAGAGCUGGUUGCAGUGGAGGAGAGAAAGAACGCAAAGACAAGAGGAGGAGGCAGGCCCAUCAACAAGGAAGGAAAAAGAAGCCUAUCCAACAAAUACAAGGAUGCAGAAAGAGGAUACAAGCACACAGAGACCAGUCGUGGCAACCGCUGCAAGGGAGGCACCUAUGGGUGAGUUGAAUGUGCAACAUGACAUACCAAUUGAUUUGGAUUCUGAUUCAGAGGAUUCAGAUAGUGAGUCAGAAGGGGGUAAAAUGUUAGCCAUACUUAAGAAGUAUCUGAAAGGCAAAGAGAAAGGUGGGGGUAUAGAAAAAAAUUCAAAAGAAACCACUCCGGUAAUGGUCCUAGCUGGGGCUGGGGAUACAUAUGCAUGCGCACUUACAGAGACUGCAGCACAUUUACCUAAGAAAGCGAGAAAGUCUAUAGAAGAGGGUAAAUUUGUGGAUAUUUACAGUUUAACUAGGGAAGCAGUUCAAGAAAAGGAAGAAGGGGUGAAACAGGAGGAAAAAGGGAGAAGGGGAAAAUCGAUAUUUGAUUGGUUGAAAGGGUUUUUGGUUUUCUCAAGCGUAUACCUAGUUAAAAAGCCGGAGCAGAGUUUGAAUAUCAUAAAAUACAUUGAUACAAUAAUUGACACAUAUCUGUUUUACAAGGGUACUUCAUGGUAUGAUUAUGACCAGGCUUUCAGGAAAAAGAUUGUAAAUAGUAAAAUGUUAUCUUUCGGGCAGAAGGACAUAGAUUUAUGGACAAGAUUGGUGUCUAAAGAGAGUAAUACAAGCUAUAAUGUGAACAAAGGGAGCUAUACGGUCAAACCAAGGAACGUGUGUUUCGCAUACAACGAGAGGAGAUGUAAUAGAGGGUAUGCAUGCAAAUUUAGGCAUGCAUGCUCUGCAUGUGGAUCUUCUCAUGUUGUAAGUGAAUGUAACAGGAAAAGGGAGACCCAAGCAAACAGGCAGCCCUUUCGAGGCGCUCAGCAAAAGAGCGGCAACGCCAGUGCAGAUGGGCAAACUAAGUGAGUCAUUACUUGGUUACCCAGAUAAAGAGGCAGCAGUAUUCUUAGCAAAGGGUUUUUUGGACGGUUUUAAGAUUCCUGUAGCGCAAACACCCCCCCCUAGUAAAAUCUAUAAAAAUUUAAAAUCAGCUGGCCAGCAUGAGGAUGUUUUAAAACAAAAAAUUGAAAAAGAAGUAAAAGCAGGUAGGAUGGCAGGGCCAUUUGAAGUCAUCCCCAUAGAGGGCCUGGUGGUAUCUCCACUAGGCGUAGUGCCCAAAAAAGAGCAAGGUAAAUUCAGGAUGAUACAGCACCUUUCAUAUCCAGUAGGGGCAUCAGUGAAUGAUGCACUAGAUAAAGAACAGUGCAAGGUGCAGUACCAGUCUUUCGACGAAGCUUUAGAAAUAGUAAAGGGACAGGGGGACAGGGCAUUGUUAGCAAAGGUGGACAUAGAGUCUGCAUUUAGGCUUUUACCUUUACACCCAGAGAGUUUUAAGUUGACCGGGUGUUAUUUUCAGGGAGCAUUUUUUGUGGAUUUAUGCUUACCUAUGGGAUGUGCAAUUUCAUGUUCAUAUUUUGAGAUGUUUAGCACAUUUUUGCAUUGGCUUAUAUGCCAAAGGUCGGGGAAUGCGGCCAUAGCCCACUACCUAGAUGAUUUUUUAAUCAUAGGGCCUAAACAAACAGGGAAAUGCCAGGAAACCUUGUUAAGAUUUUUACAGAUGCUAAAAGAGUUAGGUGUCCCAGUAGCGGACGAAAAGACAGUGCAGCCAACUACAAAGUUGACAUUUUUGGGAAUUGAGAUAGAUACAAAAGCCAGGAGGUGCAGGUUGCCAAGGGAUAAAGUAGAAAAAAGCAAGCAGGCAAUACAUAAUUUAAUGGGGACUAAAAAAGUAACGUUGAGAGAAAUGCAACAGGCUUUGGGGCUUCUGAACUUUGCAUGUAGAGUAAUUCCAAUGGGUCGGAUAUUUAAGAGAAGGUUGGAAAAGGCUACGACAGGGGUUAAAAAACCAUUCCACAAAAUAAGGAUAACUAAGGAGUUAAGAGCAGAUUUGGGUGUUUGGGAUAGUUUUUUGACAGAAUUUAACGGAAUAAGGUUAUGGUUAUCUGAGACAAAGAAUAACAGAGAAUUGGAAUUGUUAACAGAUGCGUCAGGUAGCAUUGGUUAUGGAGCUUACUUUGCAGGAAAGUGGUGCGCUGGAAGGUGGCCGCAAGCAUGGCGUGAGUUGGGUUUAACUAAGAAUUUGACUUUGCUAGAGUUAUUCCCCAUAGUAGUAGCACUAGAGCUAUGGGCAGGAGAUUUUAGGGAUAAAGCAAUUCGGUUCAUAUCAGACAAUAUGGGGGUGGUGUGUGCAGUUAAUAACUUAUCAUCGGAUUCAGCCCCAGUAAUCAAUCUAUUGAGACAGUUAGUUUUAAUUUGCAUGAGGUUUAACAUCUCAUUCAGAGCGCAGCACAUCCCAGGUGUAGAAAACACAUUGGCUGACGCAUUGUCAAGGGAAAAAUGGGAUCUUUUCUUUAAAUUGGCACCCAACGCAGCAAAAACACCUCAUAAUUGCCCUGAUAAUUUAUGGCAGUUGGUGAACCUCUCUUAGAAGAGCUGUACGGGAAAUCUGUAUCCGAGAGAACUCUUGCCGCAUACAAAAAGGCAUGGAAAAGAUGGCAACUAUUCUGCGAAAGCGGUAAGAGGGAGGGCAGCACUAAGGAUUUGUUGUCAUUUUUGGCGUUAAUGUAUAGGGAGGGAAAAUCAAAAGCAGGCGCCAGCGCCACGCUAGCGGCGAUUUCCCAUUUUUCAGUAGCAGAAGGUAGACCUGAGAUAGUACGCAGCCCAGUAAUUAGGAAAGUUAUAAAAGGAUGGGCAAGAGCGGAGGGCCCUAGAGUAGAUGAGAGAGAACCAAUAGUGGAGAGCAGGCUGGCUUUGGUCAUAAGGGCAUUAAAAAAGGUCUGUUUUGAUCAAUUUGAAUAUAUGCUGUUCAGGGCAGCAUUCACAUUAGCAUUUGGGGGGGCAUUGCGGUUAAGUGAAUUGGUUCCCCCAUCAAAAAAGGCAGCAGGGAAAGGUUUAAUGGACAGGCACGUAGUUAUACAAGAAGGGAAAGCUUUGGUCUAUGUUAGUAGAUCUAAAACCGAUCAGGAAGGGAAAGGGAGGUGGAUAGGUAUAGAGGCCACAGGUAAAAUAACAUGUGCGGUCAAGGCACUGGCGAAUUAUAGGACAGUCCGGCCCGGGGGUGGGCAGCUGCUACUACUGCACAAAGAUUCAUCCCCCCUUUCUGCUUUCCAGUUUAGCCAGGUGCUGAAGAAGGCAGUAAUAGUCAAUGGUUGGGACCCAAAGAAAUUUAGUUCACAUUCUUUCAGAAUAGGUGCAGCAACGGAGGCAGCAAUGAGGGGGGAGUGUAUAGAGAAGAUAAAAAAGAUGGGGAGAUGGAAAUCAGAGGCAUAUAGGAAGUAUAUACGGCCCGU